AUGAACAAAUCAGCAUACAUCUAUGCCUUCGAAACUAGGAGGGGCAAGCCAAAUAACUGGAAGAAUACUCCUGAGAGCCAGUCCCAAGUAGCACCGCCAAACACUACAUUUCUCGUCUCAUCUCCAAUCCUAAGCUCUAUACUAACAGACAGUUUGUUGAACACCAACAUCGAUGGUAGAAUCAAGGUCAUGUACGCCUUGACCAAGAUUAGAGGUGUCGGUAGAAGAUACUCUAACUUGAUCUGUAAGAAGGCUGACAUUGACUUGAACAAGCGUGCCGGUGAGUUGACCCAAGAAGAGUUGGAGAGAGUCGUCACCAUCAUGCAAAACCCAGGUCAAUACAAGGUCCCAGCUUGGUUCUUGAACAGACAAAAGGACCAAGUCACCGGUAAGGACGUCCACGUUCUUGCUAACGGUUUGGAGUCUAAGUUGAGAGAUGACUUGGAGAGAUUGAAGAAGAUCAGAUCUCACAGAGGUAUCAGACACUUCUGGGGCUUGAAGGUCAGAGGUCAACACACCAAGACCACUUCCCGUGGUCGUUAA